GGGUGUGCUGUGUCACGGGAUACUCCCUACCGAGGAUUUGCACACAAGACAAUAUCUGAGGUAUUCUUUGGCAGUCCGAGAAUUCGCCAUCCGACAAGGAUUGCCGCUUUCAUCUCAGCCAUCAUGCCCAGUUUGGAAUCAAUCGUUACAUGGCACCCGGAAUUUGGUGAUAGGAAACACCCGGACUCCGAAAAAUACUCCACUAGGUGGAAAUGCGUCCAGGACUUGAUCAAGAUUUUCUCCGCAGUGCGCGAGCAGGGGAGG